UUUAUUGAAGCCUUUUGUUAAUAAUUUUGAUCAUGUAAAAACUGGGAAUUGGUCCCUAUUGACAAUACUCUUAUUUUUCUUUCUUUUCUUUUUUUUUUGCAUUGCAUAUGUCAUUUAGGAAAGGAAUCACAGGACGGAAUCACAGAACAAGAAGGGAGACCACUGAGGAGAAGUUCUAUGAGUUCACGGGUGACCUCAGCUGUCAAGUUCCUGGAUGUAGAUGACAACAGACCAGAGAACCUGAAUGACACCAUUACUCUGGAGCUUUGCCCUGCUGCAUCAGCUGAAACAUCAAGCCAUCCACCUCACCCCUCCUCCUCCACGUCCACCACUAUGUACAACCAUUACUCCAGCUCUUGGGUCUCACACUUAGAUUCCUUGGGAAAGAUUUCCACUCCGAUUGUCGCAUGCAAUCACAAGAGGGGACAGAGCUCAUCCAGAGGACAGGAGAAGUAUGGUUAGAAUUGUUGUGGAGGCCAUGCAAGUUCACUGCAGGAACCCUAAACGUGCAUCUUGUGAAGAAGUUGCUAAAAUCAUUGUAAACAGAUACCCUCAAACAUUUGCAGAUAUUACUGAAAAGGGAGAAAGACUGGGUUGUGGACAUUAUUCACUACUGAGAAGCAUCAAAUCUAGAGUUGAACAUGUUAAUCGAGAUAAUACAACACAUAGACUUCGUCAAACAAAGAGAACCAGGAAUGCGGAAGACUGCAGUCCCAACAGUAAUGCAACCUCACCUAAAAAAGUUAGAUGCCUUGUUGAUAGCUAUGGUUGUAUAAAUUGGCAACCAGUUGAACUUCCUGAGGGGGAAAUGCCAGCUUCUUUAGAGGAAAAGAAGCACAUCUUGUUAACAAUUUUUAAUUCAGAAGGACCUGGAGCUGUGGAGAGACCUGGUGUGGAUGACUUCAUGUGCCUCACAUAUAUUUCUCAGUGGCAGCUUAUCAACAGUUGUCGCUCACUUUCAGUAGCUGAAAUUCAGGAGCAGUGGCCAUUCUUGUUUACUCGGAAAGGUCUUUCGAACCACUUUUACAAACUCACAGGCAUCGAUAUCAGUGAGCGCUUAAGUCAGGCCCUCAUAACCAAAGGCAGAAGGAUUAUUAACUAUUUCUCCAGCCAGAAGCUCAAAUGGAACCUUGGUAUAAGGACACUCAUCCAGCAGAUAGAAAGUGAGGGAGUUUUGACCAACAACAAGGUUGGCACAGCAGCCAUACUUCUCAUGAUUAAGUAUUUCAAGGAAGAUGAAGACUCCCUCUUUGUCUUAGCAGAUGAAACAUCUACCAGGAUGUCCCUUGAAGCAGAGAGCAACCUGCCAAUCACUCCAAGGCUGAUUAUGCUUGGACAAAGUUCAAUGACCGCCACCUGCUGGAUGGUGAGUGCAGAGGGGCGUGUAAUUGUUGAGCUGGACAAAGAGAACACCUUUGCUGAUGCGAUGUCAGUCUUCUUUGGUUCAUUCUAUGUAUUGAACCUGGAAUACCAGGAGUCAGCGUGUGCAACAUUGGAAGUAAUUCAGAGGUUUUUUGUAAGGAUAAACCCUGAAGAGGGAACAAAAUGUACCUCCAAGGUUGGGACAAGCAGAAAGACUGGGACCACUGUGAAGCGAAAGGUUGUUCACAUUAACCCUCAUGUCACAACUUUCCUCCAGCGGCUUACUGAAUUUGAGUGGAAAACUUCAAAUUAGGUAACUGUUUUUGCCAUUUUUAGUGAAUUUCUUGUAUAAUUUAAGUGACCAAUGUGUUGUUACCUGUGUCUCCACAGAUGAUCCAUGGCCCAUGAUUUCUGGACAUUUACACAAGACGAACAACAAUGAAGACAAGCUCUCUUGCCAUCUUGCAAGACGCUGUCUCUGUCCAAUAGGUUUUUUGAGUGCAACAGUUUUGAUUUUUUUUUCCUUCUUUUACCCAUUUGUUAAAAUUUAUUUCAGCUACUUACACUUUAAUUGUCACAUGUAUUGGCUCACCCUACAAAUCAAUGAACUCAGUCCACAAAGCAAGAUCAGGAUUCAGUGCAGGUCAGUCAAGUUCCUUCACACCACACACGCUCAUCC